AUGGCCACUGCUUUGCCCCAAGCGCUGUUCUCCGACUACGUCGCCUACUUCACUGAAGAGAGGCUGCAGAGCAAGGGAGUCGUCUACUCAUCGUGGUCCCUCUUCCACACGCUUUUCAUCUUUCUAGCUGCAGUGACAGGGUCUGUUCACGACGACCUCCUCACGGCAAUGCAGCUUUCCGAGAAGGAAGCCUCCCCGCCAGCGGUUUCUCAGAUAGCGUCAUUGCUCCGCGAGGACUCUGCUCUCGCUUUGGCAGCCAACAUCUACGCCAAAUCAGUCUCUCCCACUGUCGAAUUUGUCGCCCUUGCCAAGCGCUAUUUUGAUAUUACAAUAGAACCGCUAAAGAGUGCAGCUCAGGUCAACAACUGGUGCUCUGCUCAGACAAAGGGGCUCAUCAACUCUAUCGUCGAUGAUGUAAAAGAUACAGACGCCAUCUUGAUCUCCGCUAUAUACUUUAAGGCCAACUGGGCAUUGAAGUUCUCCAAGGAUGACACUAAGAUGCUUCCAUUUACGUCACUAGAUGGUCGUACGCAGGAUCGCGAGCUCAUGUACUUAAAGGCAAAGCUUCAGUAUGCAUCUAGUGACAGUGCACAGAUGGUUAAACUUAAUUACAACGAUAGUAACGUCUCUGCCAUUAUUGUGCUUCCUAAAGAGACCGGUAAAGCAUCUCUGAAGGCGGCCCUGAGGUACGACAACUUCUUUCCCACGGACGGCUUCUUGACCAAGGAGGUUGUUCUCAAAUUGCCAAAAUUCAGGCUAGAGUCCUCACACGACCUUAAGGAUCACCUUGUUCUGCGAGGUGCAAAGAGCAUGUUUGGGGUGUGUGACUGCAACGGGUCCCUGGGAGCGCCGAUGUCUGUCACUAAGGUAAUUCAGAAGGCCGUUAUCGAGGUAGACGAAGAGGGGACAACGGCAGCCGCAGUUACUGCAGUUAGGAUGCUCCGCUGCGCCAUGAUGGCCCCUCCCCCUGAGAUCUACCAUGUUAUCUGCGACCGCCCAUUUUGGUUCAUGCUUGAGCGCGAUGGAAUGCCUCUUUUCCUGACGGCUCUUCUUUAA